AUGACCGCUCCCUGGCGGCGCCUCCGGAGUCUGGUUUGGGAAUACUGGGCCGGGCUCCUCGUGUGCGCCUUCUGGAUCCCGGACUCGCGCGGGAUGCCCCACGUCAUCCGGAUCGGAGGAAUCUUUGAGUAUGCAGACGGCCCCAACGCCCAGAUCAUGAACGCCGAGGAGCACGCCUUUCGAUUUUCUGCCAACAUCAUCAACAGGAACAGGACACUGCUGCCCAACACAACCUUGACCUACGACAUCCAGAGGAUUCACUUCCACGACAGCUUCGAGGCCACCAAGAAGGCCUGUGACCAGCUGGCACUGGGGGUGGUGGCGAUCUUUGGGCCAUCCCAGGGCUCCUGCACCAAUGCCGUGCAAUCCAUCUGCAAUGCGCUGGAGGUGCCCCACAUCCAGCUGCGCUGGAAGCACCACCCACCGGACAACAAAGACACCUUCUAUGUGAACCUGUACCCGGACUACGCCUCUCUCAGCCAUGCCAUCCUCGACCUGGUCCAGUACCUCAAGUGGCGGUCGGCCACCGUGGUCUAUGACGACAGCACAGGGCUCAUCCGACUGCAGGAGCUCAUCAUGGCCCCAUCAAGGUACAACAUCCGCCUGAAGAUCCGCCAGCUCCCCCUCGACUCUGAUGACUCGCGCCCGCUGCUCAAGGAGAUGAAGCGAGGCCGGGAAUUUCGCAUUAUCUUCGACUGCAGCCACACCAUGGCCGCCCAGAUCCUCAAGCAGGCCAUGGCCAUGGGCAUGAUGACCGAGUACUACCACUUCAUCUUCACCACCCUGGAUCUUUAUGCGUUAGACCUGGAGCCCUACCGCUACUCAGGGGUGAACCUGACGGGAUUCCGGAUCCUCAACGUGGACAACCCCCAUGUCUCGGCCAUCGUGGAGAAGUGGUCCAUGGAGCGGCUGCAGGCGGCUCCCCGGGCAGAGUCCGGCCUGUUGGAUGGAGUGAUGAUGACUGACGCGGCCUUACUGUACGACGCCGUCCACAUCGUGUCCGUGUGCUACCAGCGGGCACCCCAGAUGACUGUGAACUCCCUGCAGUGCCAUCGGCACAAGGCGUGGCGCUUUGGCGGCCGCUUCAUGAACUUCAUCAAGGAGGCUCAAUGGGAAGGAUUAACGGGAAGGAUUGUUUUCAACAAAACCAGUGGCUUACGGACAGAUUUCGAUCUGGACAUCAUCAGCCUGAAGGAAGAUGGCCUAGAGAAGGUUGGGGUGUGGAGUCCUGCAGAGGGGCUCAACAUCACGGAGGUUGCCAAAGGCCGAGGCCCUAACGUCACCGACUCUCUGACAAACAGGUCCCUCAUCGUCACCACUGUGCUGGAGGAGCCCUUUGUCAUGUUCCGGAAGUCCGACAGGACCCUGUUCGGGAAUGACCGGUUCGAGGGCUACUGCAUCGACCUGCUCAAGGAACUGGCCCACAUCCUGGGCUUCUCCUACGAGAUCCGGCUGGUGGAAGACGGGAAAUAUGGGGCACAGGACGACAAGGGCCAGUGGAAUGGCAUGAUCAAGGAGCUCAUUGACCACAAGGCAGAUCUGGCUGUGGCCCCCCUGACCAUCACCCACGUGCGCGAGAAGGCCAUCGACUUCUCCAAGCCCUUCAUGACCCUCGGUGUGAGCAUCCUCUACCGCAAGCCCAAUGGCACCAACCCCAGUGUCUUCUCCUUCCUCAACCCCCUGUCCCCAGACAUCUGGAUGUACGUGCUCCUCGCCUACCUGGGUGUCAGCUGUGUCCUCUUUGUCAUCGCCAGGUUCAGCCCUUAUGAGUGGUAUGAUGCUCACCCCUGCAACCCUGGCUCCGAGGUGGUAGAAAAUAACUUCACUCUGCUGAACAGCUUCUGGUUUGGAAUGGGGUCCUUGAUGCAGCAAGGGUCUGAACUGAUGCCCAAAGCCCUGUCCACGCGCAUCAUUGGUGGCAUCUGGUGGUUCUUCACGCUGAUCAUCAUCUCCUCCUAUACGGCCAACCUGGCUGCCUUUCUGACCGUGGAGCGCAUGGAAUCGCCCAUCGACUCUGCCGAUGACCUGGCCAAGCAAACCAAAAUCGAGUAUGGGGCUGUCAAGGACGGGGCCACCAUGACCUUCUUCAAGAAAUCCAAGAUCUCCACUUUCGAGAAGAUGUGGGCCUUCAUGAGCAGCAAGCCCUCAGCACUGGUGAAGAACAAUGAGGAGGGCAUCCAGCGGACGCUGACGGCCGACUAUGCGCUGCUCAUGGAGUCCACCACCAUCGAGUACGUCACCCAGAGGAACUGCAACCUCACCCAGAUCGGGGGCCUCAUCGACUCCAAGGGCUACGGCAUUGGCACGCCCAUGGGCUCCCCAUACCGGGACAAGAUCACCAUCGCCAUCCUGCAGCUGCAGGAGGAGGACAAGCUGCACAUCAUGAAGGAGAAGUGGUGGCGGGGCAGUGGGUGUCCUGAGGAGGAAAACAAAGAGGCCAGUGCCCUGGGCAUCCAGAAGAUUGGGGGCAUCUUCAUCGUCCUGGCCGCCGGGCUGGUCCUGUCUGUGCUGGUGGCUGUGGGCGAGUUUGUAUACAAGCUCCGCAAGACAGCAGAGCGAGAGCAGCGUUCCUUCUGCAGUACCAUGGCCGACGAGAUCCGCUUCUCCCUUACCUGCCAGCGUCGGGUCAAGCACAAGCCGCAGCCUCCCAUGAUGGUCAAGACUGACGCCGUCAUCAACAUGCACACGUUCAACGAUCGCCGGCUUCCGGGCAAGGACAGCAUGACCUGCAGCACAUCGUUGGCCCCCGUGUUCCCCUAGGCACAGGUGGGGCGGGGACCGCAGGCCUGCAGGCAGGGCGGAAGAAAGCAAAGGAGACUGGAAGGAACAUCCCCAGUCCCCAUACUGGGCUUGGGGACCAGAGCUGAUGCCUGCCUAUUGGGCCAGGAGUCCUCUGCCCUUACCUACCAGGAAACCAGCAGGCCCCCAGGCCAGCUGCUUGGGCUUCACCCUCGUCUUGUUUCUUCUAUGGGUUUCUAAAGCUGCCAGCCAAGACAGCCAAGGCCAAAGGAAGCACAUGCCUCUCUCAGGCCAAACUCACCUGCCCCUCCACUCUCUUCUACAGUCAGAAGUUUCUACCAUGGCCCUGCAGGGGCCAAAGAAAAUGGGAAACAGCUCUUAUAUUGCCACUCCUUCCCCGUGAGCCCAGGCCUCCUGGAACUUGACUGUGAGACCAGAGACACAAACUUUGGGUACCUUAAGGAUCUUAUAGUUUGGCUGCCAGUGGGAGCUGAAGAUGGGGAUGGCCACCCCACAUGCCUGGGCAGAAGGAAGACUUCAUCCCCCAGGGGCUGCUUAUGUGGUCCUGAUCUCCUGGACUUGACACCACCCAUGGCAGCCCCUGUUUUGGCAAAGUUGAAGGCAGAGAGCCCCAUAGGGGAAAAGAGGAGUUUGGAGUCUGGGGGAGAGGAGGAUACACAGAGACCGCCAUUUUGAAUUCUUCUGGACAAUGUCCCAAUGGGUCCUACUCCUCUAGGAGGUCUCUAGGAAUGGAGGAGUGCUCAGAGCAAAUUCUUCCCCACAUUCCGGCCAGAGGAAAGAAGACCCCCUGAAUCUCUCGCAAAGGAUGCCCAGAGACUCAGACAAUAUUUGAAGCCCAGAGGAACAGUGGAUUCCAUGUGGAAAUCCCUCAGGCCCUCGAGCCUGCAGAUUUUACUUUGCUGGUGACCAAGCUGUUUUCUAAACCCUGGUGGCAUUAGGGAGCUUGAGCUGUUUGCCAUCUACUCUUCAGCAGCUCCCCAUUCCUGGCCAGUUGACCUUGACCUUCUUCUGUCAUCGUGGAAGGAGGAAAGUAGCCUAGAUUGAAGUGAACGUCAUCACCCCUCCUCUAAAGAGGAUCAUGUCCUAUGGCAAAGACUAACUUUGGGGUAAAUGGGGAAAGCCAGAAGGGCCCUUAAGAGCACCUGGCCUCCUGGACUUGCCAAACCUAAAGAUGGUCCCCAGGAAAAGAAAGUGUUCAGGAGCAAAAUAGCCUCCCUGAUAGAGGCCCCCAUGGUGGGGAGGGAGAAGCUGCCUCCUGGAGAAUUAACCAAAGACCCCACACAGAGACACAAGGCCGUUAUGGCCCCUGGUCUGUUGUCCAGAGCAGUUGGGACCUUGUGGGGUUUGCGGAUUCAGCAGAGAAGUAGUAGCAGAUGAGGUACAGUGAGGGGUUGACCAGGUGAUCUGUGGGUUCCAGCUAGCUGUGACCGAUACCCUAGAGGUCUGUGACUCUAAGAUUCUGGGAGAAGAAUGAGACAUGGAGGGAUUAGGAACAAAGUGUCCUUAAAGAGAACACGAUGGGGCCAGCAGGGCUGCCCAUGGCCAAGGGCAGAGGGCAGGCUUUGAGCAAGGGAAAGGGGCCUGGAGACUCUGGACAGGGACCCAGGAGAUACCAGCCACACCCCUCCGCCACUCUCCUGUUUCUGCUUGGGGACCCUGGUUAGGGAAGAGCUACAUUUAUGUCUCAAGAACCUUCUCAGCUGGGGUGAAGGGUAAUCUCUGACUCCCCUCAGGACUCCCCAAGCAGGAAAGCACAGUGGGCUCCUGUGAUAAAUACCGUCCCUCCUCCAAACUGAGCUGCAGGGCCAAACCGACUGGUUCCCAGAAUCACAGUGGCUCCAACAGGCUGUGUGCACUGGAGGUGGGAGAAGAGGGCUGGACACACCACGUAGCCAACACACGUCGUGAUAGGAAAAGCCAUGCUGUGUGAGCUCCUGGGUGUAGGAGUGUGUGUGUGUCUGUGUGUGUGCGUGCGCAUAUAUGUGUAUCUUUGUAUGUCUCAUCUUUGGGGGCUGGGCAUGAAGGGCAAACUAGGGCAGGUAACAGAGUCCAGGCAUGCAAUAAUAGGAGAAUCCUUUGGGUUCUGACGUGUGUAUGUGCAUGUGUGUGAACUGGGGGUGAGGGAGACAAAUAUCUGGACCAGCAGCAGGACCCCAUACAUGUAAAAACAGGAGAAGCCAUGUCAUAAUGGGGUUCUGGUGAGUAUACAUAUGUAUGCAUGCGUGAACGACUGUGUACGCUUGUGUGUGUGUGCGUUUGUGCACCAAAUGGCAGAGGGUGGAGAACAGAAUAACACCUGCAAACAUUGCCAAAUAUGUUUAAACGGAGAAGCCAUGUCAUCAGGGGGUCCAUGUGUGAGCGUGUGUGCGCAUGUGUGUGUGCAGUGGAGGGCAGAACCAGACAGACACGUAGCACAGGGCAAUGCGUGUUGUAUGUGAGAAGCCACAUGGGACUGGCGUUCGUGUGUGUGUGAGUGGGCUCACAUAUGUGUGUUCAAAUGCACGCAUAUGUUCCAGCUCACAGCAGGAGCAGAGACGGACAAUCAGGAAGGCAGGGAACCAGAGUCUGCAAACACUUCUCUCGUGGAGAGAUCAUUGUCACAAAGAUUUGCCGAGAUUGCAUAGGUAUGGGCACGGGGAGACUGGCCAAGUGGAGGCGAAACACUGCUGGGGCUCACGGCCAGUGACUUCUUUGCUCUCAGUAGAGUGGCCCGUUUGAAGGGAAAAUGACAUUUUUUUGGCAAUUGCCAGAUAACCAGAUUCUGAUGAAGGUAUUUGCCGAUUUUUUCUCACCAACCACAGACAUGAACCACUCUCUUUAUCCGGUCUAAUUUCAUAGCACGUGCCCACAUCCAUGUUCGUAUCACACACACGUGUGUGUGCUUUUGUGUGGGACAUGCCAUGAAUGUGUCAUUUCUUCUGAGGCUAUGCACAUAUAUAGACUGCGAUGGGAAGGGCGACAAGGAGGUGGAGCGGGUAGGAAGAGCUUCAUCAAAGGAGGAGAGAAUGCUGGAAAUCAGAGGCACAAUUCAAUUUGGGAAAUCCCCCGAAAGGGACUGACAUGAUUUCUCGAGUCCUACACAGAGACAGGAGGACACGCGGCCUGAUCUCGCCUCGCAUUCAAGCCUUAUGUCCGUGUGUGUGGAUAAUGUCCAGGCUCUGCCUGAUGACCUGUUUGUCUCUGAGACCAGCCCAGCGUUCAGAAUGCAGCGGAGCCUGUUUCUGCCCACGUGUGAGCUCUCUCUCUCCCCGGGGUACUGAAGGUGCCACUGCAUCUUGGGGAUGGGGGCCAGGGAGCUAUUCCCAGCAAGGCGGGUCACGUGGAAUUAAAGUUCAGGCCCACCUGCCCGCGGACGAGGAUCUGAGCCGCAGCAGGUGCAUGUGGGCUGGGGGAGCACACGGAGGCACUGAGGUCAGUGGCUGGGAGUGACGGAGGCAUCAACACUGGUUUGGAUGGAGCAGAGAUGAGACCGGCCCGAGCAGGUGCUGGACCGUCCCUGUCUGGCCCCGCAUGCCGGCCCUGAAGAAAAGACUCCCCUACCUUCUACCCCCAUCCCCUACCCCCAAAUGCCAGUGCCUCCCCUCAGCCUGAUCAAAAACUGGCCACAUUGAGGGGCAGCAGUGAAGACACACACACCCCGCUAAGACCAUAGGGUCUGGGGCCAUGAGGGCUCCUUAUCUCUCUCCCCUUGACCUGUAUUGGUCUCUCUUCUAUGGACAGUUAAGAAAACCCUGGGAGCUUUGUCACCAUUCAGGUGGCUUCGAGUGUCUCUCAAGAGGCGUAAGGCCCCCUUGGCUGAGGAGCUGACUCAGUCUCUGAAGUGUGGGAGCCACCGCCCCGCAGCCAGGACUCCGCCUCUGCGAGCUGAGCACACGGGCUCCCCGCAAGGCCCCGGGCACCGGUGGAGGGCAGGUCCGGGCCAGGAUGGAGGAGGGUGGCAGUGGGGGGUGAAGGCUCCAGAUGGUUGGAAGUCACUCCCCUCCUUAAACUCCAGGAAGUCAGAAGUCAGACGCAGGCACACGCCCACCCAGAACGGUGGGAAGCCACCUCCCCCCAUCUUCUUGCUGGCCUGCUGUGUGUGGGCUGGACGCCGCUGCUUCAUCACUCAGUGUGAAGCCCACCCCUCCCCGAGCCCUUCCCAGCUCUCUGUGCAAACACCUGGAAAUAGGACCCACUCUGGCCCACGUCCGUGGUCCUGUGUGGAUAGCCAGCUGGGAAGGGCCUUGCGGUCUGGACAAACAGCUAUAUGGACUUAACAUCUGAGAUGGGCCCGGCCCCAUGGACAGAUGCAGGAAGUGAGCCCAGCUCUGUAGACGGGCCUCUGGAAUAGACACAUCUGGAACAGCCCCAGCCUGGGUGGACACAUCUGGAGCGGGCCCAGCUGCUUGCCACGGUAGAAGGGCCCUGCCCUCUGUCCCCAGGCCAGUUUGAGUCGAGCCUUCAUUUCAGUCCUGGCUUUACCCUGGAGUUAAAAGUUCAGCACUGAGGCCAUACAUGAAAGUCACAAAACUGUUUUUGAUAGAAGGUUAAUGUUCUGUACAUUAUAUAUAUGAAUGUAAAAAGAUAUAUAUAUAUAUGCUGUAUGUAUAUAUAUAUAUGCACAGUGUAUAUAUGACCCGUAGCCCAUGUGUAUACGCACCCUUCCCCACACGUCUGCACACAGAGUGUACAUAACCCAGCCAGUAUGGGUGGGGACCAGGUGAGAGAUGGGGGCUGCAGCUGCAGAGUCUGGGAUGGACGCCACCUGGGGCAGGGGCUGUGGAGAGCCCCGUGGGGGAAGGGAAGGGCCUGCGUACAUCAGAGCUGCAGACCCUGAGGAAGAGGGGCUGGCGGAUGGCCCAUGUACAGCUAGUGCCUCCUGGGGAUGGGCAGGAGUGGCCCAGGGGCCUUGGCUGCAUCUGAGAGGGUCUGAGGCAGAACAGCUGGACCUGGGUCUGGGGAGCAAUGUCACACCAGUACUUGGCUCCUGAGUCUAUAUGACAGCUCUGGUCCCAGGGCAGUUAGCAGGGAGCUGAAGGGCUGGGAAAGAGGGGCUCACUGCCUAGACCAGCUCUCAAUACCUGCCUGCCCAGCCGCCAGGGAGGUGUCAGGCUCUGCCUGGAAUACCCUAGAAGGCUGGAGUAUUCUAGGUGGCAAAGGCCUCUGCCUCACGUUCUCAACCACAUGCAAAGGCACAGCUCACAGCUAAGGAAAACCCUUUUUAAAGAGAAUGUCCCCCUGGGCAUUGCCAGCGUGCCAGUCUGAUGUCCCUGUGCCCUUAGGUAUUGACCUUAUCCCCCUCCCCUGUCUUCUAGAACAGACCUCAAGUCACCCCACAGUGUGUCUCUGUUUUACAGAUCAAAACUCUGAGGCCUCCAGCAGCUAUAGACCCAGCAAUUCCAGCCAAGAGUUUGUCCCACCUCAGAUGACCUCCCCAGCCCCAUUUGACCCCAAGGUCAGCUGUCAGGGAGUGACUGGGGAGCCAGAGAUGUGAGCAGAACAGUGACAUGGGGUGAAAGAGGCGAAGCCAAGAAGGCACUCCUGUCCGAGCACAGCCCAGUGCCGUCUGUCUGCCUUCUCUCCCCUGCUGCACCUCCCCCUGCAGGGCAGUUGGCAGGGAGCUUGCGCCCCCCUCCCACCCCCGCAGUACCCACAGACCUCCACCCCUGCCCCGCUCGGAUCCGUCUGUUCUUCCCAUUCCAAUCCUUUAGCUAGUGGUCCUGUUGCAUCACAGGUCAGAGCAUCUCUGGAGCAUGCAGGAGAGACAAGGUCUGGAGUGGGCUUGCGUGUGGUCAGCAGCCUGCCCUCUGCUUCGGCCCCAUGCAUCAGACUGGUCUGCACUUAACUCUGGGUCUGCCUCUGGGGCCCUGGCCAGAGCACAUCUGAACCCAGCGCCCUGAGGAAGGGUCUGUCCUGGCUCCAGGACAGGAAUCAGAGGCUCCAGGGGCCCCCAUGCCACUGUGCUCCAAGCCCCCAGCCCACCUCUGCCUGGGCCAGCUUCCUGGCUGGGCCUCCCACGAUGGGGACUGGGGUUCCCAGCCCCUCAGCUGAGCCCCCAGACAGCACCGUGUGAGACCACUGUCCCACCACCCAGACCAGAGUGCCUGGACGCCCCCCCAAUACCACUCAACAUGGUUCCCACACACUGGUCUCUGGGCCAUUCAGGGGAUGCCCUUUGUGGACAUGCAGAAUUUCUAUGAAUAUAGUUUUUUGUAAACAUUUUGUAAUAAUUUGGGUUUCAUAGUAACUGUGUUACUUGCCAAUCAUUCUAGGCUGAUGUAAAUAAAUUUCCAAACAAAUCCGAUUAUUUUCCUUUUUAAGACACUGUGAUAUAUCAAAGUGCACAGUUUGCUGUAUGAAGUAAUA